GCGCCGCGGUGCGGUCGCCGAAACUAAACGACGUCACGCGCCAUCGCCAUCUACCGACACAACUAGUAAACUUGCCCGUCUCGCACCUGCUGACCUGCUCGCCUCGUACACGACACGACAUUACUCUGUCGCGUUCGCACUGGUGCACGUAAAAAUAACCUCAAACUCGCAUCGCGGACAACUUAUCACCAAAAUAUUGCUCCCAUCGGAUUGUUCGGAGUGUUGUGCUUUAUAAAUACAAUUGGAACAGUGUACAAAUCUGGAAAAACAGUAAACACCCUUGAAAUUUUUGUUAGUGUUACAUAGCACAGUGAUUUUGACAAAACUGAAAGUUAUUAGAGGACGUUCUUUCGUUUUGGUGGGCUGUCCAAUGACAGCCCCCAAAUUUUGUGUCAUUAUGUGGUGGUGUAUAUUUUUAUGUGUUCUUAACGUCAAAAUAUUCGGUGUGACUGCUUCCAAUAGUAAAUAUCCGCUGCGUAUUGUUCCAUCAUCCGACAAUAUUUGCUCCUCGAAACAGUUCCAGUGUGGAAAUGGAAAGUGUAUAGCCCUCUCCUGGGUGUGCGAGGGUGAGGACGAUUGCGGAGACAACACGGAUGAGACUUUAGAGGAGUGUAAAAAAGAAAGCCGAACCUGUACAUCUACAGAAUUUCGCUGCAAAACGGGACGAUGUGUUCCGAUGUCAUGGCGAUGUGAUAACGAGAAGGACUGUUCAGAUGGUUCUGACGAAGAACCUGGCACUUGCAAAGUGGAGGCUUGCGGUCCAGAAGAGUUCACCUGUCGAGGAAAGCCGGGAGAGUGCGUGCCUCUGUCUUGGAUGUGUGACGACAACCCAGACUGCUUGGACGGAUCUGAUGAAAAAGCAUGCAAUGAAACGUGUCGCUCGGAUGAAUUCACCUGUGGCAAUGGAAAGUGCAUACAGCAGCGAUGGGUAUGUGACGGGGACGACGAUUGCGGUGACGACAGCGACGAAGCUAAAUGCCCAGCGCCUACCUGUCAACCUCACACACAUUUCUCUUGCGCUGAUGGACAUUGUAUAUCUGCAUGGUGGCGCUGUGAUGGAGACAUCGACUGUCCUGAUGCUAGUGAUGAAAUGGGCUGCGCCACAACACCAAAAGUGACAUCACCAUGUAUAUCUACGGAAUUUGAAUGCAAAGACCGCAUGACCUGUGUACACAAAGCAUGGGUAUGUGAUGGAGACAGAGAUUGUCCCGACGGUGGCGACGAAGCUCCUGGGAUUUGCCGCGGGAAUAUCACUUGCAGACUUGAUCAGUUCCAAUGCAAAGACCAUAGCUGCAUCCCUGGGGCAUUGUAUUGUAAUGGAGAUAAGGACUGCCCGGAUGGUAGUGAUGAAUUCAACUGCACGCGCCCUAAGCCAGUUUGCGACAAGAAAACCGAGUUCGACUGCGGCGGAUCCAUGUGUAUACCUCUGUCGAAAGUUUGCGACAAAAAACCAGACUGCCCCAACUUCGAGGAUGAGCCCCGAGACAAGUGUGGCGCGAACGAAUGUGAGAAAAACAAUGGCGGAUGCACACAGCGCUGCGUCGAUACCCCAGUAGGAUAUUACUGCGACUGCGACAAAGGAUACAAGCUGGUUGAUAACAGGACGUGUGAAGACGUAGACGAGUGUGCUGAUCCAGGAGCAUGUUCACAAAUGUGCAUCAAUGAAAAGGGCACCUUCAAAUGUGAAUGUCACGCCGGCUACGCAAGGGACCCACGGGACCGCACAAGAUGCAAAGCUACCGAAGGCCAUCCAUCACUGCUAUUCGCGAGACGCUUCGACAUCAGGAAGAUCAGCCUCGAUCACCAUGAAAUGGUCGCUAUCGUCAACGAUACCAAAUCUGCAACGGCGCUUGAUUACGUAUUCAGAACGGGCAUGAUCUUUUGGAGCGAUGUCACCGAUGAGAUAAUUUACAAGGCUCCCAUCGACGAAGGCACACAGAGGACAGUCGUUAUUGGUGAACAGCUGAUAACUUCAGAUGGGUUGGCGGUUGAUUGGAUUUAUAACCAUCUUUAUUGGACGGAUACCGGCAAGAAUCACAUCGAAUUAUCCGAUCUACAGGGCAACAUGAGGAAAAUACUGAUCAGGGACAAGUUGGAGGAGCCUAGGGCGAUUGCGCUGAAUCCUCUGGAUGGAUGGAUGUACUGGACUGACUGGGGCCAAGUCCCGAAGAUCGAGCGAGCUGGUAUGGACGGCUCUCAUCGGGAGACGAUCGUUUCAUACGAUGUCAAAUGGCCCAAUGGCUUGACUUUAGAUCUCGUACGCAAGCGAGUUUACUGGGUUGACGCGAAAAUGAACACUAUAUCAUCGUGCAACUACGACGGCACCGCGCGUCGGGUCAUACUCUACUCAACGGACGUUCUCCGACAUCCGUUUUCCAUUACCACUUUUGAAGACUGGGUGUACUGGACCGACUGGGACAAGACCGCUGUGUAUCGCGCCAACAAAUUCAACGGGAAAGAUGUCGAGGCCAUCACCUCUACCCAUACUCUCCAGAACCCUAUGGUGAUCCACGUGUAUCAUCCAUAUCGUCAACCUGAUGGGGUCAACCACUGUGCAGCUGUUAACGGCCACUGCUCUCACCUCUGCUUGCCAGCUCCCAGGAUAGGACCUCAUUCGCCUCGCGUAUCGUGCGCGUGCCCCAAUGGCCUCAGACUGCUGCCAGAUAAUCAGAUGUGCGUCGAAGACAAUUCGGAACAAGAUGUGGAAGUGCAAAAAGCGAAUAUUGGUACAAAAACUACUAUUAUAAAUGAAGAAAAAUCUGUUACCAGUGUCCCUGAAACGCCUAAGACUGGCACAGGAAUCUCAACUAGCGGCCGUGAUGCAGGCAUGGUAGCCGGCAUCGUCGUCGGUGUCAUCACUGUGGUCAUACUUUUAGGUGGACUGAUCGCUGUGCUCGUCUACCGUCAUUACGUGCAUCGCAACGUGAGAUCUAUGAACUUCGACAACCCUGUCUACCACAAGACUACGGAGAACCAAUUCGCAAUAGAAAAAAAUGGUUCCGCCCCGGGAACGAAGCUGUACCCAAGCACCGUGGCAGAAGAGGCCCAAGAACCACUCAAUAAACCGGGUACAAAUGACUAUGUGUAGUGUGCAAGCAGGCAGCAAAUAUAUAAGUGUCUCAUUAAACGUGAAGAGAAAAAGAAGGACAUGUGAUACUUAAAAUAGUGUAAAACCAGUGAAUGGGACAUAAGCGAACGUUUUGUAGAGAACUAAAAAAUAGGAGUUAGCUUUAGUGCAGUGAAGUGUGAUGCUUAUUUGAACAAAGUUCCGUCGAUGUCAUGCCUCAUUUUCGAUCUCAAAGCAAGACUUCGUAUGAAGCCGCUUUUAAUAGACCGUUCUGAAGCUUAGGAGAUCUUCAAAAGCUACAUACUACUUAAAUCACAUUUAAAACUUUCAUGGGUUACUUCUAUGGCUUUUAUAGUUAACUAUCCCAUUAUCUUAUAAACACAAUACACAAUGUAUUUAACAAAUAUGCCUGGUGCAUAGUAAUUUUUAAAAAUACAUUUUACAUUUUUUUAUAUCCUAUUUUAAUUAAGUGUCUGGUCGCUUUUUAAUCGCAUAUAGAAACAGUAACAAAAUGCUCGACACUACGCAUUUUAUAUAGGAAAUGUACUUAUUUAGCAAAAUUUUAUGAUUCGUUUUGAAACUAGAACUUUGUACUGAUUAUACAAGAUUUGAUAUACUAAAAAGACAGUCACUAACUUAAUUUGAAUGUAUAUUCCUAUAGAUUAAAUAAAUUUAUUUAUUUAUUGCUAAAAAGACACACUGUAAAAUCUAGGCUAAUUAAAUGAAAUGUUGUGUGUGCCAAAUUAGUAAAAAAGAAUGACAAUUUUGCCAAAUUAUUGAAAUUACUGUAAUUAUUGUAAUUUAUUCUACCUACUACUACUAUCUUUGUUAGAAUUUUUUCCAUUCUAAAUACAUGUCAUAGAUUUGUUGCCGUGUACAUAUUUAUUUGGAUUAUAUAAUAAUUGUUAUAUGUUAUACAAUACUGUGUUUUAAUAUUUAUACUAUAUUUUAUGUAAUGGUUGUGUUUACCAUCCAAUAUUAGUAUUUUUAGCAAAUGUAUAUUUGGAACAUGACUUUGUCGAUCAAAAUCCUGCCAAAUUUCUUAAAAUUAGCUUAUCUGUAAUGUAAUUCGAUUACAUUACAGUAAACUUGAUGCACAUUUCAGAAAUGCCUAGCUCAAUAAGUGUGGUCACUAAAAUUAUUGUGUAAAUAUUGUCAGUAAAAUAUAUGUAAAAUGUGUUAAUCCAA